GUAUGUAUGUAUAUAUGUAUAUAUACUACCAGUGAAAUGUUUGGACACACCAGUCAAAAGUUUGGACACACUUCCUCAUUCAAGUAAAUGGAAAGGUAUGUCAAAACUUUUGACCGGUAGUGUAUAUACUGUAUCAGUGGUGUUUGCUCUAAGACAGCAAGGGAAGCUCAGCUUCCACUGAAAUGUCAUCAAAUAUGUACUGUGUUGUAUUCGAAACGGCUCCACGGCAGAACCUGUUUUCAGUGUCGCAGAAACAUACAGGACAGCUAUAGCUGCCGCCCAUCUUCUGUAUUAGUAUUGAAUUAACUCCUUUUGCUAUCUACAGAGGACAUUUAGGGCUUUUCAAUGAUACCAAAUGUGAAGGGGUGGGGCUUUGGUCACAAUAUUUCUUAUUAAUUUAAAUGUAUUUUUUUCCGUGGUAGUCAGGAAGAUAUUAUUGUAUUUAUAUUUUCAUUUUUUGUGGAUAGGCCAAACGGCAUUCUGGGAAAUAGUGUUUUCACUAAAGCGGCUGUUCUGAUUGGCCACCGUGUGACCCUUCACUGGUCACGUGGUUUAAAAACUUCAGGAGGAUGGCGCGGAAAAUUGUGUCGCUGUCUUCUGUCUCCGCUCUCUGCUCAGGAGUCUCGCGUUGACGUUUCACCGGACAAACAAUAACAUUAGCGAGGGAGUCGCGUCAGUUUCGAUAAGUUAUAUCAUUCCUUUGCGUUUGUUGGUGAUAUUCUGCGUGCAGCCGCUUGGCCACGGUUCUUCUCAGCUAAAAACACACUGAGGUCUGAGGUGAGUGACGUCACUCCUCAGCCAUGAGUGUGUUGGAAGUGAAGUUCAUCGGAGAUGGGGACGUCGUGGAACACAUCGUGGACAAACAGGAGGGUGUGCAGAGCAGCAGUGCGGCUGUCCACAAGUUGGUGACAUUGAAGAACCCGGCCAGACGGCAGCGCAGAGAAGAUGGAGCAGCAGCAGCAGCAGCAGAUGAUGAUGAUGAUGCACAUUGUUCCUACGAUGAGAAGAAUUAUGUCCAAGCUUUAGGAACAGAAGAGGAUGAGGAUGGUGUGUCUAGAGUGGCUGGAUCCUCCAUUUUCACCUUUCAGAAAGUUAAACGAGGCCACAGCAUGGCCCUAACUGCAAGUGAGUUAGCACGGACUCCUGGGAAAAGCGUGACUUUCAGCAAGACCCCAAAUAUUGAACCCUCCACUCCAACUCGAAAAGGCCAUAAUCCCAAAGGGGAAGGUCGGACACCAAAGAAGAACAAGAAGGUCCAGUUUGUAUCCACAACACCCCACAGGCUCAGGAGGAGAAUUACAACUCCGAGCCUUCGGUCAGACAGUGACAGCGAGCUGUCGCCCUCAGACUCUGGAGAAGAGGAGGAUGAAGAUGGGAUAGAAGAAGACCAGAAAGUAAAGAAAGAGGAUAAAGAGAACGUGAAGACUUUGAGAACCCCGAGUAAAGGCUCAUCUGCAGCUCUCUACAAGACUCCCGCCAAGAAGAGCAAGAGCAACACUUCUGAAGCCCCCAACCAGCCCACUAUGGUUGAAGAAUAUUUUGAGGCCCAUGGCACAUCAAAAGUCUUGACAUCAGACCGCACCCUCGAGCGUCUACACACCCCCAAACUGGACAGGGAGACGUUGGUGAGGCUUUUAGAGGGAAAACAGUCCUGCUAUACAAAAGACAUUCAGCAGCUUCACAACAAACAUAGAAAGCACUUUAGUAAAUGGAUGUUACAGUUACAGUUGGGCUUCAGUGUUCUGGUCUAUGGUUUGGGAAGCAAAAAAGCUCUGCUGGAGGACUUCCGUGUGUCUAACUUGGCACAAGAAAUCCACCUUGUGGUCAAUGGAUUCUUCCCCUCUAUUACUCUUAAAUCGAUCUUGAAUGCUCUGACAUGCGAGAUCCUUGACCAUCAAGGAAGUUUCCGAACACCCUCAGACCAGAUCAUGUUCAUCGCUCAGACUCUUAGAGACAGCCCAGAUCUACAUGUGUACUUGCUCAUCCAUAACAUCGAUGGACCCAUGUUGCGAGGAGAGAAGACUCAGAGUGCACUGGGGCAGCUGGCAUCCCUCCCCAACCUGCACUUGGUGGCUUCUCUAGACCACAUCAAUGCUCCACUGGUGUGGGACCAGUUUCAGCAGAGUCAGUUUAACUGGUUGUGGUGGGAGUGUGUGACGUUCCAGCACUACGCAGAAGAGACAUCGUAUGAGAACUCACUCCUGGUGCAGCAGACUGGCGCACUCGCACUGUCCUCUCUCACGCACGUGCUCCGCAGCUUGACGUCCAAUGCAAGAGGAAUCUUUAAGCUGCUGGUGAAAUUUCAGUUGGAAAACAAAGACAAUCCUUCAUACACAGGUUUGUCAUUCCAAGAUUUCUACCAGCGUUGUCGAGAGGCGUUCUUGGUCAACUCCGACCUCACGCUGAGGACUCAGCUGACGGAGUUCAGAGACCACAAAUUGAUACGAACGCGCAAGGGUGCAGACGGAGUGGAGUGUCUGAUCGUUGCUGUGGACUCAAGCACUUUGAUGGAUUUCUUGGAGAACGAGGAGGGUGACUAAAAUGAGGAUGUUCCCUCCUUAAUGCCUGAUAAAUAUAAUUCAUGAACUGGCUUUCCCUGCAAGGAAAAUGUUUGGCUGAAUCAGUCACUGAUGUGCACAUUUGCUAUGAGACAUGUACCCAGCUAACUCUUUAAAUAAAGGGUUUAAGUCAACUUUACUGAUGAAAUGCUA